AUGGCUGAGAGUACGGUUCCGGCUUGGUUGGCCAAUUUUGGCUGGGGAGUGAUCAUUGUGGGGGUGAUCAACGCCAUUCCCAAUUAUUUCGAUUCCUGGAAUAAUUGGAAGUUCGCAAAGAAGAGAGACAAGCGGGAGGAAGAGGCAACAAAUGCCGGAAAAGAGCAGAUCCGCCUCGAGGCGUGGCGGGAAGGCGUCAAGAAGGGUUGGGACGACCGGGCCCAAGAGGUUCGACUCGCUCGUCAGGAGAUGGACGUGGCUCGUCAGGGGAGGGACGCGGCUGUCAAGAAGCGGGACGCCGCUAUCAAGGAGAGGGAUGCUGCUGUCGAGAAGCGGGACGCCGCUGUUGAAGAGCGGGACGCCGCUGUCAGAGAGCAGGACGCCGCUGUCAAAGAGCGGGACGCCGCUCGUGACGAGCUGGAACAAGCCAGAGCUAGGGCAAGGCAAGCCGCCAUUCGUGCGGCAGAGGCCUCGGGUCAGUUGACCCGGUUGGAGCAAGAGUUCGAGGCGUUCGAGGCAGCGAUGCCGCAGGUUCAGCGGCGGAGGCAGCAGAGAAGGUCCGAAUAA